AGCGCAAUGAACAGCUGAUCCUCCCGCAGUGGAUAAAACCAGUCACAAUGGUCACAGCCAAGUCAUGAUUUCUCAUCCCACGCGUGGCACUAUGUGAUUAGUUAUCGGAGAAUUAGGAAAGGAGAAAAAAAAAAAGGAAAAAAGGAAAAAGGAAAAUCACUACCAGGAAAACAGUGGAGAGAGUUUUUGGAGCGUUUCGUGUUUUUUUCCCGAGUGGACCUGUUGAUCAUCAGUCUACCUGCUGCUCCCUGCUCCGCGCGCACCGACGGUCAAUUAUGUUAUUGUCAACCUUCCUUCUUUUCACCUUCUCUCACUUUUUGGCGCCUCUGUUUUUCUCUUACCUGCCCCACGUCUCCGCACAGAAACCUGGCUCACGGUGGCUGAUAGGAGACAGGGACAGUCACUGUGGGGUCAUCUGCUCACGGACACAGGGGAAGCCGGUGUGCGGUUCGGACGGGCGGAGCUAUGAAACCAGCUGUGAACUGCAGAGGGCACGCUGCAAAGACAAGACACUGACACUCGCACAUCGCGGCAGAUGUCGAGGUAAAAACUGGGUGAGAAUUGAUCAAACAGCAGUGGCACCGACCUCCACCUCAGAGGGGAGAGACCUGGAGCUGAAAGAUGCAGGUCAGUCCAAGUGUCAUGUUGAGAGGACCCAGGCUCUGGAACAAGCCAGAAGACCUCAAGAGUUUAUCCCAGAAUGCAAUGAGGAUGGAACAUUUGCACAGGUCCAGUGCCAUACUAUGACAGGUUAUUGUUGGUGUGCCAACAGCGAUGGAAAGCCAGUGAGUGGCUCCUCAGUGCACAACAGGACCCCAGUGUGUUCAGGAAACUUCCGUGAAUUUAUGGGAACUCAUGCUGGGACAAGUGGAUUGUCAGGGUCAGUAACCGAUAAACCACCUGGGCCACCGAACUCUGGUAGAAAAGUCUCUUUCCGUUUCUUUCUCACUCUCAACCCAGAUGAUGGCUCCAAACCCACACCCACCAUGGAGACUCACGUCCCCCCUGAGGGUGAUGAGAUAACAGCUCCGACGCUGUGGAUAAAGCAGCUGGUUUAUAAGGAGAACAAGCAGAACAGCUCCUCGUCCAGGAAGCAAGAGAAGGUUCCCUCUUGUGACCAGGAGCGACAGAACACCCUGGACGAGGCUCGGCAGAAUCCUCGUGAGGACAUUUUCAUCCCCGACUGUGGACCUGGAGGCCUUUACAAACCGGUCCAGUGCCACCAGUCCACUGGCUACUGCUGGUGUGUUCUGGUGGACACGGGUCGACCCAUUCCUGGGACCUCCACCAGGUACCAGACGCCGGAGUGUGACGGUGCUGCACGAUCUCGUAUCUCAGACAUAGAAGAUCCCUUCCAAGGCAGAGACCUGACAGGCUGCCCAGAGGGGAAGAAAGUGGAAUUCAUUACAAGCCUGUUAGAUGCCCUCACCACAGACAUGGUCCAAGCCAUAAACUCACCAGCCCCCUCUGGUGGAGGGAGGUUUGUUGAGCCCGACCCCAGUCACACCUUAGAGGAGCGGGUGGUGCACUGGUACUUCGCCCAGCUGGACAACAACGGCAGCCACGACAUCAACAAGAAGGAGCUCAAACCUUUUAAGAGAUACCUGAAGAAGAAAGCAAAACCCAAGAAAUGUGCCCGCAAGUUCACCGACUACUGUGACCUGAAUAAGGACAGGGCCAUUUCUCUGCAGGAGCUGAAAGGCUGCCUGGGCGUCAGCAAGGAGGGAAGUUCAACAACAAGUGGCAACCAAGGGACAAGGCAAGGGACAAAUUUGUUCUUAGGUCGUCUGGUGUGAGAAGAGGAUUCAGAAGCUGAGAGGAGAGCAGAGGGCACAGAGGGAAGGCAUGUGUACGCUUGCUGAUGGGAAACAGAAAGAUGGAGCAGAAAAAAAUAAGAAGAUCCUGAGAUUUAAAAAAAAAAGAAAAAGAAAAAAAAAAGAACAGAAAAACAAGAAAACGAAGCGGCGCCAAAAUAUUUGCACUUUCUCCUCCCUAUGUCUGACAUUUUAUCUGUUUGUAUGUGUUGUUUUUUUUUUUUCUCUUGAAGUGACUGAAAAGGUCUAGAUAAAAAAUGAGAAUAUAUUUGUAAAGAGAGGACAGGCUCACCACUGGAAGAGCAAGUAUGUGUAUGGUACCACAUUCCCCUGUGAGUUCAGUCUGCUGUUGUCAUUUGUGGCUAAUAAAUAAAAUGUACAUUUCCCCUGUUACAUACAGUAUCAAGGCCAGUUACAGCCCUCCACAGAGAAGUUUACAAAUUGUUGCUUGAUACAUAAAUCCUCCUAAAAGAAAAGCUAUGGCAAUGUAGACCAGUUCAAAGGAAUGUGUUAUGUUUUAUGUGAACGAUUUUAAGUCAGUGUCAAGUAUUAGAAUUAAACUGUGGCCAUGGAGUCUAAUUUAUCAGCAAAGUUAGCGGAAUGAAUCCCCUUGCACUGUGCAAAACCCUUUAGAAUCACUGACAUGUUGGCUUAAGAAUCAAAUGUCAGAUGUGCUCUGUAAGUUAUAAGCUUACUUUUUGCCAUACGGUUUCUGAACUAUUUCUAGUGCAAAUGUUUGUUUUCUGAGCUAUCAUCAUGUUACCUGCAGAAAGAAAGUUUUUCAUCAUGAAGAUUAGCCAGCUAAGAAUGAAAUAUCAAUACAGGAGCUAUAAGCCUACCGGUCAUCACAGAAGACUAUUGAAGUCACACAACCCCCAACCAUGGUACAUACAUUAUCUAAACUAAACUAAUAUAAUGUUUACAUUGUAACGUGCAGCACACACAGCAAUUCUACAUACAUUCGUUCAUGUGACAGAACAUGAUGCGUAAAGCUGCAUCAGUUAAUGUUUGACCACUAGGGGGCAAAAAAACAUCUAAAAGACAUGUCGCAUCACAGUCAUGACAUUGUGCUUUUGUCUAUAGACAUUCAUUUCCUUCCCGCUGCUCACUCACUAAUCGAUAGCUUUGUCUGUUCAUUUUGUGUUGGACAUGUAACAUACAAAGUGAAUUAUCUUCAGCUGGGUGAUAUCGAACAGUGCAUGUGUUACAAAGACAAUGAAACCCCCUUUAAACAUCUGUACAUAUUUCAUUGACUGAUAUAAUGCAGCCUUAUGUUCAAAAGAAAGUUCUUAAUUAAUUCUGAAGUUUUUAACAGCCUGCCUAAAAUUAGGCUGAGGUUCCAGCAUAGCUACUGCUAAAUAAAGCGAUCCAUAAGAUGUGUGUUUAUAUGCCCCAAAGCAUUUAAUCAGAAUCAAACUUUUUUGACAUGUAAAAACUUUUACGUUUUCAGAAUAAUUCCAAACAACUUUUGUUUUGCUACUGCCAAGUUUCUGUCCCCUAAUGUUACCUCCAUUGGAAUAACAUAAGCAAACACGAACAAUAUAUUUAUAUUUUUAAGGUUCAAAAUGGGGCAUUUUUAUGGAUAUUAGGCAAUAAUAUUUCCUUGUUCAAUGACUCCUUUCAACCUGAUCGAAAACUCCUUCUGAUCAGGUCAUUAUCUUCUGAAUGAGGUGGUUCCGUGAUGGAUUUUUAUUCUGACUGAACUAUUAUUACGAUUGUAAGUGGAAUAUUAGGGCCCAUGUAAAUACAGAUAAUGAAGUUGUUGUUCUAAAUGACAGGUUUCUUUGUGUGAGGUCAUAAUUCCUUAUUUUAUUAAACCAAGUUCAUGUUUCUACACCAUCUAAUCUAAAAACAGCGUACAACAGUGUCAGCUCAUGCUAUUUUUGGGGAUAUUAAGCAUCUAAUGUUGAAAUGUACAAAAAGUAUUUUGCCCCCUGAUGGGGAUUCUAUUUUUCCAAACCAGAUUACAAUUCAGAAAUUGUGUUUUAGAUCUUCCUAACAGUAACAGGGUCAGAGAUGUCACACAAACCAAUGAGUGGACUAAAGUGUUUACUCAGUGUGUAGCUCAUUUCAGUCGUCAUAUUAACAUUUAUCACCGGUUACUGUAAACAACAUGUGGCACUUACAAAUGCCAGUUGCUGAAAUAAAUAUUUGAGUUUCCCGGUAGUAUUGGAGUACAAUUUGUGUACGUAAACAUAUUCAUUCUUUGUUUUCCAACAGUUGAUUUAAGUUGUGCUUUGUGAAACACUUUACCACCACACAAACUUGGAGAAGACAAUGCAUGAAGUAUUAAAAUCCCCCCUGCCCCAGGGUCUGCAGUUAAUAGGAGGGAUGAAAAAGCACAAGGAAAUAAGCAUAUGUACAAGUUUUGGAAUGCAAAAAAUAAAAUCCUCACAUUUGGGAGCAAUUUGAUUUCAAAAUUGGAUAAUUGCUAUUGUGGUCUAAAUACUAAUGCUUUUGUUUUGUGUAUUUCUAAAUAUAUUCCCAAAGUCACUGCAGUGGCUGAUGAAAAAGGCUCCUAUUGUAAAUAUGUACAAUAAUCUUUAUUAUUUGUUUAUUUGUCUUACUAAAUUCCGCAUAUUUUGGGGGGACAUUCACUUACUCUACUGUCAUCCUGCCUUACUGUAAAGUAUAACUUUUCACUGUGUUAUAUCAUGUUAAACAUUAGGCUAUUCCAGUAGCUACACAACACUGAAAAGCUUAGAACAGACUGAAUGUUAUCUGCUCUGAGCACUGUUUAUUUUAUCUACAGUGGGCUUAUUUGACCAUUUCAGCUUGUGUUUUAUUAUUCCUGUCAUCAUCACUAUGCACAGUCAAGUAUGUAUACAUCGUGUCAUGCCUAAUGCAGUACAAUCACAAGUCCAGUCAUUGUUAAUUUGGAUGGGAUAGUUAUGUAAAGAAAAAGAAAAGAAAGCUCUAGUUCCAAGGAGAGCAGUGCAGCCUCUUAUGAGAGUCAGUGUGUGUGUGUGUGUGUGUGUGUGUCUGCUGAAGUGCUUCCAGACACUGCAGGACUACGGAUCACGAACAAGAUCUAAAACAAACCCAACAGCCAGUAAUCACAGCUAAUCAUGAGGGGUUGAUUUAUAGUAAAGAGGGCUUAAACCUGAUUGGCAGUUUGACCAGAAGAAGCCAGAACCAUCUCAUUCCACUAAAAGUCUCCAACAGCCAUUGACAUGUUUUGGCAAUAUUCUUACUCAUAGGGUUAAGAAAUUAGAUUUGCUGGG